UCUGAUACAGUCGGGAGAUAAAUUUAUUAUCUAUUCAUCAAAUCAGGAAGAUGGCAAACACACGGAGUGGAAAGAUGACACGUGCACAGAGAUGGCGGCGUCUCAGCACCCUACUAGUAUUCGUAGUUGGGAGCUUAGUGCUGUAUUACAACAAGGAAAUAUCGUGGAUCAGCAACCCAAUAAUGAAAACACCAAGGAUGCCCCAAUUUGUAAACCGAUGGAAUCAUGAUUCAUCUUCUAACACACAAUUUAAUAAGUCUGUGUUUAAGCAACCUGAACUGACAUCAAUACCCCAAUAUUCAAUUCUAAUUAAGCAAUCCAACGAAACUUCAACUUUACAAAGCAUUAAUGACAUCCCAGUAAAUCUAUCCAUAGAUAGUAAUUCUAAAUUUACAACUCCCAAACUUAAUGAAUCAUUUUCUUAUCAGGUUUACAUGGAAAAACUUACGUUUUGUUUAGCUGGAAAACAAUUUUCUGACAAGUUGCAAAUUGAUUUCUGUGCAAAAGAUGAACUCAAUAAUACCGUAACUAAUAUUGGGGAUUUUUACCGAGCGUCUAUUCUUUCAAAAGAGUCCAAGUCUGGUGCCGUUGGCAUCAUCACAGAUCACCUGAACGGCACGUACACAGCGACGUUCCGACUGUUGUGGGAAGGGGAGGUUACUAUUAGAAUCCAACUGGUCCUCCCACGACAGGCUAUAGAUAUCAUAGAAAGAAUUAGCAGCGAAAAUCCCGUUGAUCUAAUCACGUUCCAAAGACGCUAUACAAUAGGAGGACGAUCUAUAAAUAAACCGUGUAACGUAGACCCGGUCAUCUUUAAGAACACAAGUGCAGUUUGUAACUACUCGGACCCGCAUGCAGGCGGCUGGUGGUAUUGUGAGAAACCUGCCAACAUUUCCUGUAAUACGCCUGGCUACCACGCACUGCGCAGCUACGGAAACAAGACUUUUGAAAAAAAGACGUGA